UUUCUCUCCUUGAAAGCUGGUACCCUUUCUCUUCCCAGAGAAAAGCCUUUUCAAUUAUUACGAAGAGAUUCUGAGAUUGAAACGAUCAGAGGAAAAGAGAAUGAGUUCAGUUAUUACCGGUAAUCUCAGAGCCGCGUUUUUGCCAGGCCAACUCGGUAAAACCUCAGCUCAUUGCUUGUUCAGAAUUAGACCCUUCACCACUGCCGUUUCCAGAAGAAAUCUAACCUCGAAAAUUCGCCUUUUUUCUACUACCUUUGUUGAAACCAAACCUACGGCACCGGUUGCGGUGGAGAAAGAGGAUAGUGGCGCUGCCAGUGGUUUAGCCUGUCCCAUUUGUUAUUACCCAUUAACGAGGAUCAGUGAUUCCCCUUUAUAUGUGGGAGCAACAGUAGGGUCUAAUCUGCAGUGUAACACUUGCAAAAAGACUUAUUUUGGUAACCAAACACAUCUUGACCUGGUAGUCUCAAGUGGGUCUAAGCAAUAUGAUGAAUCCAUGCCGCUAGCCACCGAAUUCUUCAGGACUCCUGUGAUAUCGUUCCUCUAUGAGAGGGGUUGGCGUCAAAAUUUUGUAUUUGGUGGCUUUCCAGGUCCAGAGAAAGAGUUUGAUAUGGCUAAGAAUUACCUGAAGCCGGUGCUAGGUGGAAACAUCAUCGAUGCUAGUUGUGGAAGUGGGAUGUUCACCAGGCUUUUCGCCAAGAGUGGACUAUUUUUGCAGGUUAUUGCUCUGGACUACUCAGAAAACAUGCUGCGACAGUGCUAUGAAUUCAUCGAGGAGGAAAACUUCCCCAAAGAGAAAGUGACCUUAGUCAGGGCAGAUAUCUCUCGACUUCCUUUUGAAUCAAGUUCUGUCGAUGCUGUGCACGCCGGUGCUGCUUUGCACUGUUGGCCUUCACCAUCAACCGCUGUAGCUGAAAUAAGCCGAGUUCUUCGACCUGGGGGUGUGUUUGUUGCUACCACCUACGUACUUGAUGGGCCGUUUGCAUUUCUUCCAUUUUUGAGAACUUUCCGGGAGAAUAUCAUGGGGAUCGCCGGAAGCCAAAUCUUCCUUUCCGAACAUGAACUAGAAGAUCUGUGUCGAACUUGUGGACUGGUUGGCUUUACAUGCAUAAGAAACGGAAUGUUUGUGAUGAUCUCUGCUAGAAAGCGCAGCAGUUAAGCAUCAGUCUUCCCAAUUUACAGGUUCUUAUUGUCUUGUAAUCUCAAUGAUUUUACAUA